UUACUUCUCAUCAUCUAUCCUACAAGACUCUAUAGAUCACUCUCGCAAUUUAUAAGUGCCAGAAAGCAACUUGCAAUUACCAGUUUUGUUGAAUCUCUCAACGGUUGUUUUAAAGACGGUCUGAAUGGCACUCGUGACUACAGGGCAUAUGCUGGACUUGUAAUGUUGUUCCCUUUGUGGAUACUAGUUGUUAGUUACUUACCUUUUUGCUCUGGAUUAUCACUCAAAAUACGUUCAUGCUAUGUUUUCUCACUCUUAUCAUUGCUUAUAUCGUAUAAAAGGCCAUUCAAGUCAACCGUUACUAACGUGUUUCCGUCUCAAGUCUGGCCCUGGAGGUGGCUUUCUUCCUCACUGGUAUCUCUGUCCUUGUCCCAGUGGUGGUCUGGACACUAUACAAAGUCACCUGCUAUGCUCUGAGAAGGAUUUCCACCACAUGCUAGUUGUAGAAACUCUGAAGCAACACUUUCAAUUGACUUGAAUUACCAGUUUCAUGGUGAAGUAUUGUGCAUUUCUACUAGAUAUAUAGUUUUCACUGCUGUUCAUUUGUAUCACUAUAUA